AUGUCUUGGAAGAUGGCUCUGCAGAUCCCAGGAGGACUUUGGGCAGCAGCUGGGAUGGUGACACUGGGGCUGAGCACCCCAGUGGCUGAGGGCAGAGACUCUCCACAUAAGUUCCCCGCAGAGGAUUUCGUGUACCAGUGCAAGUUUCAGUGCUACUUCACCAACGGAACGCAGCGCGUGCGGGCCGCGAGCAGGUACCUCUACAACCGGGAGGAGGUCGCGCGCUUCGACAGCGACGUGGGGGAGUACCGGGCCCUUAAUCCAAGACUUGGACUCCAGGGAUCUUUCCACUUUGGUGCCCAUGAGGGACUCUUCUCCAGGGGAGACUUGCUGUGUGGUUUCAUGUCUCACACCUCUGUCUUUUUCUGUCUGUUAAUCCCCACAGUCAAGCCUACAGUGACCAUCUCCCCAUCUAGGACAGAGGUUCUGAAUCACCACAACCUACUGGUCUGCUCAGUGACAGAUUUCUAUCCAGGCCAGAUCAAAGUCCGGUGGUUCCGAAAUGACCAGGAGGAGACAACUGGCAUUGUGUCUACCCCCCUUAUUAGAAAUGGGGACUGGACCUCCCAGAUCCUGGUGAUGCUGGAAAUGACUCCCCAGCGAGGAGAUGUCUACACCUGCCAUGUGGAGCACCCCAGUCUCCAAAGUCCCAUCACUGUGGAGUGGCGAGCCCAGUCUGAAUCUGCCCAGAGCAAGAUGCUAAGUGGUAUCGGGGGUCUCAUGCUGGGGCUAAUCUUCCUCGGGUUGGGCCUUGUCAUCCGUCACAGGAGUCAGAAAGGGCUCCUGCACUGACUCCCGAGGACUUUUGACUGGGCUUUGUUAUCAUUUUCCUGUAAUGCCUGCCUAUCUUUGCCCAGAUUCCCAGUCGCCUAUGUCAGCCUGUCCCCUGUUGACGUCAGAGUCCUACAGUGGCUCUGAUGCAGCCACUGGUUCACCUUCUGUGACUACCCCAAGGAGCUGGCUGUGACUCUGCUUCCUGAACUGACCUCAGAGUCUCUACCUGUGCACUGCCAGCAGGGUCUAC